CCCACACGGGGACGCACUGCACACGCCGAACGGGUCGUUACUCGUUUUCAAGUUUCGUUCGAUAAGAGGGAGUUCGAACGUGGACGGCCGCAAGUCUUCACGGCUGACAAAACAUUUUAACUACAACUAUUAUAAGUGAGUUGAUCGUGUAAUAGUGUACUUGUGCAUUUUUAAGUCGUUCUUUUAAAACAAAGUGUUCUUCAUAUAUUUCAUUAACGUAAUCAUCAAAUAAUAUCAAAAUGUGUGACGACGACGUGUCAGCUCUUGUGGUAGACAAUGGAUCCGGUAUGUGCAAGGCCGGAUUCGCUGGAGACGACGCCCCUCGUGCCGUAUUUCCAUCAAUCGUAGGCCGUCCAAGACACCAAGGUGUGAUGGUCGGUAUGGGUCAAAAAGAUUCCUACGUAGGAGAUGAGGCCCAAAGCAAACGUGGUAUUCUAACUUUAAAAUAUCCGAUUGAGCAUGGCAUUAUUACGAAUUGGGACGACAUGGAAAAGAUCUGGCACCACACCUUCUAUAAUGAACUUCGCGUAGCUCCCGAGGAACAUCCCAUCCUUCUCACCGAAGCCCCGUUGAAUCCAAAAGCAAACAGAGAAAAAAUGACUCAGAUUAUGUUUGAAACUUUCAAUACCCCCGCGAUGUAUGUUGCUAUCCAAGCUGUACUUUCAUUGUACGCUUCCGGUCGUACCACUGGUAUCGUAUUGGACUCUGGUGAUGGUGUCUCCCAUACAGUACCGAUUUAUGAAGGUUAUGCUCUUCCACAUGCUAUUCUUCGUUUGGAUUUGGCUGGUCGUGAUUUAACCGAUUAUUUGAUGAAGAUUCUUACUGAACGUGGUUACUCCUUCACCACGACGGCUGAACGUGAAAUUGUUAGGGAUAUUAAGGAAAAACUUUGUUAUGUCGCUUUGGACUUUGAACAAGAAAUGGCCACCGCCGCAUCAUCUACUUCUCUUGAAAAGAGUUAUGAAUUACCCGAUGGUCAAGUUAUUACCAUUGGUAACGAAAGGUUCCGUUGCCCAGAAGCUCUCUUCCAACCAUCAUUCUUGGGAAUGGAAUCGUGUGGUAUUCAUGAGACUGUAUACAAUUCUAUUAUGAAAUGCGACGUUGAUAUUCGUAAGGAUUUGUACGCCAACACUGUACUUUCUGGUGGUACUACCAUGUAUCCAGGUAUUGCUGAUCGUAUGCAAAAAGAAAUUACAUCCCUCGCUCCCUCAACAAUUAAAAUCAAAAUUAUCGCUCCACCAGAAAGGAAAUAUUCAGUAUGGAUCGGCGGCUCCAUUUUGGCUUCAUUGUCCACCUUCCAACAGAUGUGGAUUUCGAAACAAGAAUAUGAUGAAUCAGGACCCGGAAUUGUUCACCGCAAAUGCUUCUAAAUCUUAUACUUUUUCACAUAACAACGAAAAGCUCUUCACCAUUUAUAUUAUUAAAAAAAAAUUCUUCACGUUUAGAUAUUAUUGUUAUUACCUAUGACUAUUGUAUUUCGUAUAACCGACGAACGGAAGUGAAGCACUGCCAAAAAAAGAUGAUUGAAUCGUAAAGUUAUAAAUAUUUAUUAUUAAUAAAAAAAUCGUUUGGGAUAUUUCGAAAACGUGCCAUAUACGUUAUUAUAGUACAUAAAUACCUAAAAUAAGUCAUACCAUUGUAUCAUUAUAAUUUUUUUUGGAUAAGAUUAUUUAUUGACUUGAUAUUGUAUAUUGAUGGAAGACAAAGACAAUUGUACCAAUAAAGUAUAAUUUUUCUUAAA